AUGUACUGUAUGUUUGAAUACAGCUACAAGUCACGCAACAAGCAGCAGCACGGCUGGAUUCAGCACAUCACCUCACUACCUCACGACUUCCAACAUUAUUCUCUUUCAAUGUCAGACAGGAGAAUUGUCAUUCUGGGAAAAACUGGAGCUGGGAAAAGCAGCCUGGCUAACACCAUAUUUGGAGAGGAACAGUUUAAGGUCUAUGAUACUUCCAAAUCUGGAACGGGGGCCUGUCGAGCAGAAAGCAGAUCUGUCAAUGGGAGACUCACCACUUUGAUCGACACUCCUGGUUUCUUCGACACAGAUAGACCUGAGGAGGAGCUGAAGUGUGAGAUACUGAGGUGCAUCAUAGAGUGCGCUCCUGGGCCUCAUGCUUUUCUCAUUGUGCUUAAAGUGGAGAAAUUCACAGAGCAGGAGCAGGAUGUCAUCGACAAAAUCAAUGACUACUUCUCUGAAGAAGUCUUCAAAUAUGCAACAAUCGUCUUCACUCAUGGUGACCAGCUGGAGGGACAGACAAUUGAGGAAUUUGUCCAUCAGAAUAAGUCAUUGAGUGAUCUGGUGAAGAAGUGCAGAGACCGCUGCCACGUCAUUGAUAAUAAAUACUGGAAAGACAACCAACAGGAUGAAUACAGGAGCAAUAAAUACCAGGUGAAGAAGCUACUUGACACACUAGACAAGAUAACUGAGGCAAACAAAGGAGGCUGCUACACCAAUGAGGUGCUACAAGCAGUGGAGAAAGAAAUACAGAAAGAGGAGGAGCUCAUUAGACAGUCAUCAGGAAACAUGUCAGAGGAAGAGAUCACACAGCAGGCGAAAGACAGCGUAUGGAAGAAGCUUUGGAUCAAACUGGCAGGUUUUGAAUUAGGUGUAUUGUUGGGUGCUUUGUCUGGUGUGGGAGCGAGUCUUAUAUUCAUAUUGCUGAAGAUGAGGUAG